AUGCCGACAAGCAGUAAUGAAAUCUACACCGCACACUUCGAUAGCAACCAAUUCGUAGUUGGCGGUGGUGUCGCAAUAUUCCAUCUUGCCACGAAUCGAGUCGUGAUAUGCAGCUGCGUGUAUCGCGGACAAAAGUUCUACUUCCUCCCUAAGGGACGGCGCGACGCUGGCGAAGAGAGCGGCACAGGUGCCGAAAGAGAAGGGUACGAAGAGUCUGGCUAUCGCAACCGCCUUCUCCCUCUACCUACUGCUCACCGCCAACCGCAAGCCCACCCGCGUAUCCAUGCUUCUCCACAGACUGCCGAGCCAGUAUACAUGCAGCUCCUUCCUCUCGGUUCUCGGCAGUAUAUAAUCUACUGGUACAUUGCUGAGACACUUCCUCCAAUUCUCGAAACCCUGCUUGAGACGGAAGCAGGCGCGGCGUACAAACCACCACCGCCAUAUCCUCAGAACCUUUCUUUACGAGAGAGAAUCAAGGAAGAACCUGAAGGGUACGAGCCAAGACACCACGAGAAUACAGGAGUAGAUGAGCUGGAAGUAACGUAUAAAAGUGAGUUGGUGAGUGUGGAGAAAGCGGUGGAAAUGUUAGGACGGGAAGGCAGUAUGGGAAAAAUCAUGGCGGAUGUGGUUAAGAAAGGGUGGGAGGGAAUUCAACGGAGGCUCGAAAUGGAAGACGCUGCUACGCACGAGAGUCCUGAAGCAGUUUGA